AUGGCCCUUUACGAAGCACUAUACAAACGGAAUUGUAGGUCCCCAAUUGGUUGGUUUGAGCUCGGGGAAGCAGAUUUUCUAGGUCCCAAUCUAGUCCAAGAAGCUAUUGAAAAGAAGUCUUAUGCAGAUGUUUGCCGACAAAACUUAGAGUUUGAUGUAGAAGAUUGGGUUUUCCUGAAAGUAUCGCCUAUGAAGGGCAUCAUGCGAUUCGGAAAGAAAGGGAAGUUCAAUUCUAGUCCUAGGUACGUUGGACCGUAUAAGAUUAUUUGGAAGAUUAGUAUGGUGGCAUACAAGCUUGAUUUGCCUUCAGAAUUGGAAGCAGUUCAUCGUGUAUUUCAUAUUUCUAUGUUGCGGAAGUGCAUUGGAGAUCCUUUGCUUAUUAUGCCCAUUGAAAAUAUUUGUAUCGCUGAGGAUUUAUCUUAUGCAGAGGUACCAAUAGCGAUUUUAGAUCGGCAAGUAAGAAAGCUUCGAAAUAAAGAUGUAGCUUCUGUGAAAGUGUUAUGGAGAAAUAACAACGUCGAGGAAAUGACUUGGGAAGUGGAAGAGGAAAUGAGGAAGGAGUACCCUCAACUGUUUACGACUUAA